UUUCAUUCCAAGAACCAACCAUAGUUAUGUGGUGAAAAACCGCAGGUCAAAGUGGUAGCGUACGAAAAUCUGCCGAAGUGUGCAAUUGGACCGUGGACUACGUUAGUCAUAAGGUCUGACACAUACAGUUGCUUGUGAACUGACUAUGACCCCGAGCCUUUAUGCUGGGUUCGAAGUCGCCAUUCACGAGCCUUGACCCCGAGAUUGCAGAUGCUGCAUGGGACACUAUUGAAGUCUCCGGAACCCUUGGGUGGCUGAAGAUGCCCAAUGAGGAUAUGGAUGCCAUGGGAGCCAAAUCGGUGGAAUUCAAAGAUGGCUCGGGACAGCUUGUCGCCUUGGACGUUUUCCACCAGCUGCACUGUCUCAACUAUUUGAGGAAGAAGACUAGUCUUUACUCCCCUCUCUACCAUGACAUGGCACACGAAGAGGAGAUCCCGGCGCAGUACCACAUCCCGCAUUGCAUCGAUUCUAUCAGAAUGCCUCUUCAGUGUCAUGCAGACCUGAGCGUCAUCUCACAAAGGUGGGCAGAUGGAUGGAUGGAACCUUGGGCGACCUGGGAGAACAAUCAUCGCUGCCGCAACUUUGACAAGAUCAAGGAAUGGGCCAUUGAGAAGUAUCCCGUACUAGCUUGGCAGAUGGUGCACCCGCAGCUAGGCUACGUGAUGAGUGGCCAGAACAAUAUCUCAGCUCUCCCUCUUCUGGACGAGCUGAAGGAUGAAGAAUAGAAUAGCUGCUACCGGCAAUACAAGACCUAAAAGUGCUUGAGUCUAGGAGAAGAAAACCGUGUAUCGAGACCACAAUGAAGGCAAUACUUUCAAUUAAACACUAACACGGGAAACCAGGCCUGAUCAUGGAAAUGGCUGCUGUUGUUGGCAUUGAAAUCUAGAUACUUGGAUCGCGGCGCAAAAAGGCGGCCACCGCGAAGAGACCCACUAAGUCCUCA